UGUUGAGGUUAGUGACAACCGCGAACUAUGAGAUCAGCUGUCAAAUUAUUAUAGAGAUCAGUAAACAAGACAUCAUUUUUAAAUAAUUGUGUUGUGUAUUAUUAUUAUUAAAAUUAUCUAUUAAAACAUAAAUAAUAAAAAAUGGUCUACUUACACUUCCCCUCAAAUUUAACUGAGGAAGAAAAAAUGCUGCAAGACAAAUACAAUAAAUUAAAACGAAAGAAAAAAGCCCUACAAGAUUUGAAAACUCCAAAACCAGAGCCAGAGCGAAUGCCCCAGGCACCAAAGCGUCCUACAGAAGCGCGCGAUGCAAGAGAAGUCGCUAAGAAACUGAUAAAGUCCGGGGUGAUAACUGCGCCGAAGACCCCCAAGAGACCUGAGCAGUCUUUCAAGCGCCCGAGAGGCCUGGAGCGGAAACUGAACAGCACCGAGAAGACCAUCUCCUCGUACCAACCCUUCUGUCCCACCCAACCGGAAGAAGAGGAAGCCGACGCCGCAGCCAGACCCCGGGUCAAGGGUCUCUACGAGUCGUUCGUCAGCGCCAAGAGCGACACCAGGCCCGUCGACAAGACUCCUCUGAAGCCCGAGCUCAAGCCGCGGGCCGGCAACACCAUCUUCGUCUCGGGGUACAAAAUCUCCGAGGACUACUUGAAGAAACACUUCACCUCUUUCGGCAGCAUCUUGAAUAUUUCGAUGGAGGCCGAGAAGAACCGUGGCUUCAUUACCUUUGACAAACCGGAAGCAGCCGAGCGCGCAAUAAGCGAGAUGGACGGCAGCAUGGUUUCAUCAAUUCAGCUGAAAGUAUCUUUAGCUCGUCGGCAGCCAGUUAUUGAACCAAUAAACGACACUACGUCAAGUGCUGUCUGGUCAUCCAUCGCUGCUAAUUACUCACAGAAGAGUGCCCACAAAGACGGCAGAGACAUGAAAGUUUAUGACGAAGAUUUGUUCCAAUAGUUCUAGUAUAUUAAUAAUAAUAAUAGAUGAUCCUGAAGUUAGCAGACAAUUCAAAAUUUUUGGAUUUAUUUUUUCAACAAAUCAAUUACAAAAAAAUAAAAAAUAAAAAUAUGCACACGUAAAAAAUUUAAAAAACUAAAGGUGCAAUUUUUUCAAAUUUUUUUUUUUUUCAAAUUUACCGUCUAAACAAAAAUCCAAAAAAUAUUAGACGUCUGCUAACUUCAGUAUCAUUAAUAAUAGAUGUAAAUAAUUGUAAAUAAAUGGAUGUCAAGUGUUCAAUAACUUGGACUUUAUUAAACAUAAGUAUCAACAGAUCACACUGAUUUAACAAUUGUAGUACAAAUAUACCUCAAUAUAUAUUAUAUAUAUUUUUUUAAAUAGUAAUAUACAAACGGAUUUAUUAACGUCGUAUUUAAAAAACAUAAUUAUCCUAGAAAACGAUUGCUGAAGAUUUAAAAAAAUUUAAAUAGAGAGCAAUCGUUAAUUAAAUUUAAGUGUUAGGGUUUUAAGUUGGAGAAUAAACAAAAUUAUAACCGCGGAGGAUUGAAGUAGUCCCAGUGGUGAUGGUGGGUGAUGGUGCGGGGUCCAGCGAAGCAGACGAUUAUCAGUCCGGCGAUGAUGAGCAGGAGCGCGCAGAUCGCGAGUUCGAUUUCUCUGAUCUUGGCCUCGGACUCUUCGCGGGUCACUCGCGACACCAUGUAGUUGACAAAGUGUCUCAUGGCGCGUUUGCCGGCGAGUCUGAGUGCGCGGACCAGCUGCUGGGUCAUGUCAAUUAUACUGGGCUCGUCGGUGUGAGUUGCUGAUGACAGAGCGAAGAAUUGGGGAGGAAUUUGGGAUGAUGUAAAUGCUAUAAAUUGUUGCUGUGGCGGCGAUGAUGGACGGGACUGACUCGAAGGCGAUGAAGGACGCGAAUGAGUCGGUGGUGAUGAUGGACGCGAUUGCCGUUCUGGUUCGAUGUCUGAGUAAGUUAUUGUUGCGCGCUGAGGUUUUAUUUCUGCGGAUUCGAAUAGUUGGUGCAGAGUAUCGGGGCUGUCGGGGGUCACCGAAAUCACUGGAGGCAGUGACCGAACUGGAGAUGCGGUUUGUCUCAGACAUAGUCCGACAGGGGAACUGGAGCGAGACCGAUCUCGUUCUCGUUCUUUGGGCAGAUCUUCAGCGGGCUUUGGUUUCUCGGGUUCUUUGGGCUUUGGUUCACUUGGAAUAGUCACCGGACUUGGAGGACGCUCGACUCCUUGAC